AUGUGGGAACAAUCCCAACACACGCAAGUUGACUCUGCACCCAAACAGCGGCGUGGCGUAGCCCCGGUUUUGUUGUGAAGACGGAAGCGAUAGGAGGACUUCCCUCUGGCUAAUUCAUUCCUUUUUGGAAACAGUUAAAGGAAUACCCCGCCGCCUGCUCAGACAUGUCUACUGCGUACAAAAACAGGAUACAGGAAUUCAAAGGAGCCUUGAGUGAGGAAAAUAUAAACCUGAAGACACUGAGGGAGCUGUGCUUCAAUGGGAUCCCAUUUGAAGGAGGCAUACGAGCACUUUGCUGGAAAAUCCUUCUUAAUUAUCUACCUCUCGAUCAGACAUUAUGGGAGUCUUCCCUCAAAAAGCAGAGGGAGGAGUACUCCCAGUUCCUGAAAGAAAUGAUCAUUCAGCCCGGGAUUGCCAAAGCCAACUUGGGUCUUUCCAGAGAAGAUGUGACUAUGGAGGACCAUCCUCUAAAUCCUAACCCAGACAGCAGGUGGAAUAACUACUUCAAAGAUAAUGAAAUUCUACUACAAAUUGACAAGGAUGUAAGGCGGCUGUACCCAGACAUGGCGUUCUUCCAGCGUCCUACAGAAUACCCAUGCCAACUCAUCUUGGACCCUCAGAAUGAUUAUGAGACUCUGCGUCGACGAGUUGAACAAACCACCCUGAAAGCACAAACUGUAAACCGCAACCGCAGCGGCGUCACCAAUGUCAGCUCCCCUGGAAAGGCUUUGAACUUGUAUCCAUCUAAUGAAUAUGAGGUGCUGCCCAAUGGGAGUGAAGCACACUGGGAGGUGGUGGAGCGGAUCCUCUUCAUCUAUGCCAAACUCAACCCUGGUAUUGCCUAUGUACAGGGCAUGAAUGAGAUUGUUGGGCCAAUUUACUACACCUUUGCCACGGACCCCAACAGCCAGUGGAAAGAGCACGCUGAAGCAGACACAUUCUUCUGUUUUACCAACCUGAUGUCGGAGAACAGAGACAACUUCAUCAAGAGCCUGGAUGACUCUCAGUGCGGCAUUACCUACAAGAUGGAGAGCGUGUACUCCAUGCUCAAAGACAAGGACCUGGAGCUCUAUCUCAAGCUGGAAGAGCAGAACAUCAAACCCCAGUAUUUCACCUUCCGCUGGCUGACCUUGUUGUUAUCUCAGGAGUUCCUUCUGCCAGACGUUAUCCGUAUCUGGGACACCCUGUUUUCUGACCAGGAGCGAUUCCACUUCCUCAUCCUGGUCUGCUGCGCCAUGCUCAUACUCAUCCGAGCUAACUUACUGGCAGGAGACUUCACAGUGAAUAUGAGAUUACUGCAGGAUUACCCCAUCUCGGAUGUCCACACCAUCCUGACCAAGGCCAAAGAGCUGCAGGAUAACUCCUAACCUGUUGACUCUUUUCCUCCUACCUUUUCUGCGCCGAUGCGGUAGGUUGGAGGUUAAACGUUCAACAACAUUGUCAUGUCAAACAUGUUUGGUGGAAGGACUUGAUCAAUGAAGAGCCUGGACAGAUGUGUUGGGGGAAACCCAGCAUACUCCUUUUUAACUUGAUGUCUGAUGUUUGGUCAGUGGGGACUGUUGUGAAACCUUUGAGGACGUGCUGAAACUAUUCCUUUCUCAAAGUGGGGAGGAGAUGCCACUUGAUGCAUUAUGGGAAAAGGCUCCUCUCACCGCCAUCUCUCCCAUGGAGACUUGUGCUCAGAUAAUGAUGUUUGCACUGAACAUCUGAGGGAGAGGGAGCCACUUGAGUCCUAGAGUACACUACCGAUCUCAGUUUGUCCUGAAACAUACUAGAAAUGUUUAACAAGAGCCAGGAAUUUAACAAAGAUCCCACUGUAUCCUUAUAUGGAGUCAGAUUGAGCAAGUGUUUAAUAGAGCUGGGUUGAGCAAUAGCACGUGUUUAUUCUUUAAGGUUUGUUUUUUAAACGUUUUUAAUGUAAGAAACAUGUAUGCCUUAUCUGUUUAAUGGUUUGAAACAGGAGACAGUAUUUCUGGGUAGACUGAUGCUGAAAGAAUAUUUUAUGAGUAACCUUCUUAAAAGCAUUAUUUAUUGAGCGUUACGUCUCAGCAAUGCUUUUGACCCACUGACAAUGUAGAUCAUUUUAUUUUGAAGAACAAAAUGCUUACUUUCAUUUCAUCGUGCUGCCCUGUGCUGCAGAAUCCAUGUACCUUGUAUUGAAAGAAGGGCAAGAACCAUCAGAGCAAAUGGUGUUGCUUUUCACACUGAACACUACUUGCUGAGCUUUUUCUCCAACUUGGGUUUACACAUAUCUCUACAGUAGUUUCAUUACAAUACUUCUAUCAUGACCAGUCAUUAAUUGUGUGAGUAUUACAUCUAUUUACAAGUCAUACUUAUAGUUUCUGCUGUUAUAUGAUACGAUGCCAAUACGUUAACAGAUUUGGUACAUACACCACAAUUUUACUUAUUUUGAUACUUUAUAAAACCCUUUAUUCUACAAUAACAAAAGAAGCCAACUGCUGUAACGGCUGACUGAGAGUUUCCCUAAAAUAAAAUGGUCUUGAAUUGACAUGAAGAUUUAAAUUGGAGAUGGAAGUAAAAAGAUUACCAUUCUGACCAGACUUUUAAUGGCUGACAGUUUUCAAUACUAGGAUACAUUUUGGAAUGCAGAAAUAAAAUUUCAGAUUUGAUAGCCAGCCCGCAGCUAGUGAGUCUUCCAUUUGUUGGAGAUGGAAUGUGACAUGUAUGUUGUUUCUAACAAAGAUGUUGCCAUUGAAUGGGAGGUUAUGGGUAAAAUAUUUGAUUUAUUGAGAAUGGGCCAAACUAAACAACAAUCUUCGUCUUGUGCUACUAUCAAAAACAACACACCAAAAAGACCCUUAGCAGCUAUAUUGAAUGUUAUUUUCUAAUAACUGUACAGCGUGUUAUUAAAUACGUCACAUCUCAGAAACACCCAGUACAUCCUUACGUUGUGUCAGUGCAACUCACAUCAGUACUUUAAUAGGGCUGCACGAUUUGAAUAAAAAAGUCAUAUUGUGAUUAUUGUGGACAAAAUUGCAAUUUGCGAUUCAAUUAUAAUGGAACAAAUGGAACUAUGAGUCUACUAGCUUAAUUGUCAAAGAAUGCACGAAAUACUGACAUUUUGAAAUGUAGAUUUCUCAACUUGAACGAAGUUAAACAAUAAACAAGUUGUGAUCAAGUUGGACAGGCUAGAAGCAGCAAAUAUUAGCACACUGGCACCAGCUCCAUGUCCAUCUGUCUAAUGCAGAGUCUCUAUCCACAGCCUGGAGGAGGAACUGUACAUGAGUGGAUUAAAUAAAAUGGAUAAUGUUUAGUUAAUAGUUUACUGUUAGUAUAACAAUGAUAUAUUAAAUACUAUAUUCACGUACUAAACUAUACCAUAUACUAUAUUUCAUAUAAUAGUAUAUUUUUACCAGUAGUUGAAUGUUAAAUCCAGUCAUAGCUGUUUCAUUUCUGUGGGUUGUUUUUAUUCAUCAAAUCCUUGUGCAAGCGAAAGGCUCUACAUCAGUCUCUCAUUUGUUAAUGAUCAUUUUGUUCAACAUUUAAUGAUUUACUGUAGCACGUCAAACUUUUUGUCCUGCCCCAUCCAGCCUGUGAUUGGUCGGUAGAUUCUUGUCUUAAAAGUUACUGUCACACUGCUCAGAAAAAGAUUUUCUGAUUGCACUUAGGCCUAUCUGUUUUUAGGGGCACAGGUGAGAGCCUGGUGUGGGCGGAGAUAAUGAGCAGACUGCAGCGCACACACAUAAGAGAGCUCACACACACUUAUUCUGUUUUAUUAAAUCGCACACUUUUUGCGGUUAUGUAAUCUCACAUGACGACAUUGCGAUUGCAAUCAGAUCAAUCGUGCAGCUCUUUACUUUAAUGAUGGAUGAGUCUAAAUAUCUGUUCCAGAAGUAUGUCAUAAUAUUUGGAUGUUUAUUGAAGGAUAACAUAUCCUUUGGAAGGAUGAUGACUAAUUGAUAUUUUUUGAUGAUGAGCAUGAAAACCUCUACCCACUCUUUAUUCUUUUAGCAAAGCUAACAGAUAAAGCGGAAUGACAGUGGAGUAGCAUGACUGACCAUUAUUGCUGAAACUCACACAGGCCUGCAAUUGAUUUUUUUUGAAGAAAUAAAACCCUCUUUUACUAUAAAUAAAAUGCAUAAAUAGCCCGGGGUUGACGGUGCAGAUUAACUUUUGGUUAAGCCUGAUAAUGCUCAGUGUGAACACCAGCACAGCUCAACAGAUCAACAGAUCAUAUCAUCUGAUCCAUGUGGCAGACUGAUAGAGUAUAGAUUAUAAUUUGAAUGUAAAUGUCUAUGUGCAAACUUAAAUCUGCCACUGCCGUAAUAUCCAGUCACAAGCUUGUAACAUGUUCAUCAGUGCGGAAACAGAAAAAGCUCAAAAUAUACUGGUGAGACUCCAUCUUAUUGAAUCAUUGAAUGCAUACUCAUGAAGAUUUUGAAGAAAUGAAUCGGCAUGCGGCUGUAAGCCAAGAAUGAAACACAGAAGUCCUUGCUGAAGAGGUCAACUCGACUCACUCUGUGUCACCUCUACUUGUAAAUUACAGGAUUUUUAAAUAUGAUCCUGUCUGUUUUUUCUGCUACCAAAGUUUAAAUCUUACCAUCCUGUACAAAACACACUACUGAAAUGUAGUCUUUAUUGUUGUUGAUGUGUGGAAGCUGUUUACUUUUCACGAACAGUAUGUAACGAUGCAGUGCUUUUUAAAAUGUGUUGAUGAGCUGCUCAAAGAACACA